AAGUCUGACUUCCUAUCUAUCACAACGUGGGUAGUGGUUCAAGACAACUCGAUUUGGGGGUAUGCAUCUUUGUUGAAUCAAAAGAUUUCCUUAAUAUCGCAGAUUUCUCAAAUAUUGAAUCGACAUAAAACAAUGUAAUUUAAGUACAAUGUCCAAUGUUUCGAGAUUUUAUGAGCAGCCGAGUGGAUACCCUGAUUGAGCUGUAGGUGAAAGCUAAACAAAAUGUGCACAUUUUGAGAGUUUUAAAAUAACUCUGUUUUAUAGUUUGAAUUGUAAUUAUUAUUGUAAACAAAACAAAAAAAAAAAAAAAGGAUUCGAAUAUGAUUUUCAUAACUACGAUAUUAAAUCUCGAUAAAAAUCAAGCUCUUUUAUAUCUUUCUGUCUCAAGAUUCUUGAAACAUAAAAAAUGAUUGAGCUGUAGGUGAAAGCUAAACAAAAUGUGCACAUUUUGAGAGUUUUAAAAUAACUCUGUUUUAUAGUUUGAAUUGUAAUUAUUAUUGUAAACAAAAAAAAAAAAAAAAAAAAGGAUUCGAAUAUGAUUUUCAUAACUACGAUAUUCAGUCUCGAUAAAAAUCAAGCUCUUUUAUCUCUUUCUGUCUCAAGAUUCUUGAAACAUAAAAAUCUAACCACGCCUAUUUUUAUACUACAUAAUGGUAUAGAAAGUGAGUUAGUUCUCCGAGAUCAAAUCCCCUGGGUACGAAGACAUUAUUAAUAAGUUAGUUAGUUCUUCAAUUUCAAUGCCCAGGCUAUGCAGAAAUUAUAAAGUUCUCUAGUGCCAAACCCCAGGGUAUGCAGACAUUACAAAGUGACUCAGUUCUCCAAUGUCAAAUCCCCUGGGUGCACAAACAUUUCUGACAUGGUAAAAAUCUAACUACUCUUGGUUGUACUGAUAGGAAAAUUUUCGAUUGUUCUUGUAAGCCAAUUCGUCAUUGAUUUGUUACGAAGAAGAACUUUGAAAAAGAAACACUUGUUUAAAAAAAAAAAAACACUUUGGAAAAUACAGAAAGUGGGGUCAAAACAGGGCCUGACUAGCGUUAAGACAGGGCCUGACUGGCGUUAAGACAGGGCCUGACUGGCGUUAAGACAGGGCCUGACUGGCGUUAAGACAGGGCUUGACUGGCGUUAAGACAGGGCCUGACUGGCGUUAAGACAGGGCUUGACUGGCGUUAAGAUAGGGCCUGACUGGCGUUAAGACAGAGCCUGACUGGCGUAAAGACAGGGCCUGAAAGAACCCUAUUGUUAAUGGUUUUAUCGGCUCCGCGGAGAAGAUUGCGCUGUGCGUCUUUGCAGAUGUAAAACUGAGAGCGUCGUCAGGUGAAGGGGAAACAGAUGAGAACGCCAUGUCCUGGUGACACUCAGCUGGCGUGUGGCUCAGGAUGAGGAGAAUCGUGUUACUGCUGGGUGUUUGUCAAGGUAAGAUGUCACGUAUUACUGCUGGGUGUUUGUCAAGGUAACACGUCAACGUGUUACUCCUGGGUGUUUGUCAAGGUAAGAUUCACAUGUUACUGCUGGGUCUUUGUCAAGGUAACAUUCACAUGUUACUGCUGGGUGUUUGUCAAGGUAACAUGUCAACGUGUUACUGCUGGGUGUUUGUCAAGGUAAGAUUCACAUGUUACUGCUGGGUGUUUGUCAAGGUAAGAUGUCACGUGUUACUGCUGAGUGUUUGUCAAGGUAAUAUGUCAUGUGUUACUGCUGGGUGUUUGUCAGGGUAAGAUGUCACGUGUUACUGCUGGGUGUUUGUCAAGGUAAUAUGUCACGUGUUACUGCUGGGUGUGUGUCAAGGUAAGAUGUCACGUGUUACUGCUGGGUGUUUGUCAAGGUAAGAUGUCACGUGUUACUGCUGGGUGUUUGUCAAGGUAACAUGUCAUGCAUAUAAUGUUCGAUACUUGAGUUUGAUUUCAAUUUAAUGAUGGAAGGUUUGUUUCUAGGAUGAGAAGCCAGCUGCAGUAGUAUUGCUGUUGUGUAAAUGUAAGCAUUGAAAUCUUUGCGGUAUGAUGGACCAUCGCAAACGUGAAACUUCGCGGUCAGUGACUACCGUUGGCCAAUAUUUCUGAAUGAACUUUGAGCAUUCCUCUCUUCAGACUUAUUGCAGAUACACACAUGUGCAGUGGCGUAGCUUAGGUUAUUGCUACCGAGGAAACAGCUCAAGCUUUUUUGCCGCCACUUUCACGAAAAAUCUCCGCCGUUGGCCGAAAAAGUAGGGCCUCAAUGGUUGAAAAAAAAAAUGCCACCCUGGUCCCCCCCCCCGUACCCCCCUUCCCCCCGUCCCGUCUCUCCCAGUCACUACAAACGCCACUGCACCGAAGAUGUGCCGGACACAACAUAGGUAGACAUCACAGACCCAUUCUCACGAGACAAACAACACAAAACACGGAUCGCUCAAAUAUGUUUAAUCCCAUCAGUUGUUCACUUGGCAUCACGGGUUUUUUUAAAAAUAACAUACAUUCACAUAAUAUAAAAUAAGUCAUUCUUAGUUUUCAAAUUUCUCGGCUUAUUAAGAUAUUUCUGAGACCUCGUCCAUUCAAAAUUGGCGCCCACCAAUUCGUGCAUACAUAACCUUAAUAAACAGAAAAUACCAUGGGCGCCCGCAGCUAGGGGCAAGGUGGGGCACUUACCCGCCCCCCCCCCCUGGAUUGAUUGGAUAAAAAAAUUUUAGACAAAAAUAGAGAUAAAAAAAUUAUUAAAGUAAAGAGAAAAUAAAGAGAAAGUAACUAAGCUGAUGUCCUGUCCGUUCGUUCACCAAACAAAUACGCUACAGUAAAUUAAAACUACAUUAAAACAUUACUAAAAAAAUUUUGCCCCCCCCCCCUGGAAAGUUAAUCGCUUUUAAAAAAAAUUUUUCCCCCCCCCCCGGCCCUUUAACCCCUCCCCCCCCCCCUCCCCCCCCCCCGCCCGCUAGAAAGUUUUCUGCGGGCGCCCAUAGAAAAUACACAUGGUAAUGUACCAUCAUUGGAGAUCAUGAUUAUUUCUUCUUAAUCUUAAAGUACUUCAGUUGCUUCCUGACAAAAAGUUUCACUAUUUACUCUCAAUUUUAAUAAUAUAUAUAUAUAUAUUUCACUAUUGCUGUUGUAGUCGUGAUUCCCGUUUCAUCUUCCUGCAGCUGUGUUCCUACACGUUGUGCAAGCCCAAGGCCAGGACAAAAAUUUAGACAAGUAUUGCUACUCACAGUUGCCUCCCAGCAGGAAGCAGCACACCAGCUCAUUUGGCCUCGUGCACUUCAUCCGGAUAUGCAGGUACACACAAGAUGGUGUAGCAGCCGAUAAAAUGGGGAAUAAAUGAAAAUUUUAAAUUAAAAAAAAAAAGAGGAAAUUUUGUCCCCAAAACUUAUUUAAGUGCCGGCGUUCAGACGCAGCGUAAAGAUUGAGGCUAUUGGUCAGUUAAAGGCAUUUAUUUAAUACUAUUUGCCUGAAUCGGCCGCUGUCAAAGAAUCGCACAAUGGACGAGUUCUGAGAGGAAAUUUUGAAGUUGAAGGUAGUUCAAUUUUUUUUAAUGGAGUAUUGCCAUUAUUUAUCAUAAAUGCAAAAGCCAAAGGGUACAUGCCCAAAUGGUAAAUGCCCAAAAAAACACAUGCCCAAAUGGCACAAAUGCAAAUGGCCCAAGCCCAAAUGGCACACAUGCAAAUAGCCCAUGCCCAAAUGGUACAUGCCCAUAGGGCACAUGAACAAAUAGCACAUGUCCCUAUGGCACUUAUGCAAAUGGCACAAGCUCAAAUGGCGCAUGCCCAAAAGCCACAUGCUCAAAUGGUACAUGCCCAAAGGACACAUGCACAAAUAGCACAUGCCUAAAUAGCACAUGCCUAAAUAGCACAUGCCUAAAGGGUACAUAUGAAAAUGGCACAUGCUCAAAAGACCACGGGACCUCAAUGAUCAAACACAUGCCUAAGAUUGUGUUAGCUUGUGUAUGACUCGUAGAUAUGAUGCAAACUAAAGGCGCAGAACUAGCGAAAACCAGAGAAUUUAUAUAUCAGAGUUCGCGGCCACUUACCCCCACCACCAAUUUAAAGUAAACUGUUACACUUGGCACCGCCACCUAUUUUGUAAAUCCUUAGGCAAGAUCUGACUUUGUGUCAGGCAACAUUCAUUUGUGCAUUCUGACUGCUCAGUUAUCCGAUUAAAGUAACUCCACUACCUUUUAACCUUUGACCUAUGACAUCCCAUUUCAGUGAUAUCGACAUAUACAGUGACUGUUUGUUGGCGAGUCGGGUCAAAGAGGAGGCAGACAUGGGGUAUAAAGUACAAGUUUACGAGAAGUUCUUCCCGCCAGCGUACGACCUCAAGAGGGCUGGGUACAUGUUCUGCUCGGAUGAACUCCCGCGAAGUAAAUUUAAAGUAGAUCAAGAUUAUCCCCCUUUUCCCCCUUAAGGAGCGGUUCUUAUACUAGUUUCCUCAGAAUUUUGGUGAUUUUAUUAGCUUAUUAUAUGUAAGCAAAGAACAAACUAACAAUUGUUUUUUUUUUAAACUACCAUUCCCUGACACAGAGAGCCGUGGCGUACCAUCCACUGACAGUGAGAACCCUGACGUCCCAUCCACUGGUUCGGAGAGCCGCGACGUUCCAUCCACUGACACGGAGAGCCCUGACGUCCCAUCCUCUGACACGAAGAGCCCUGACGUCCCAUCCACUGGUUCGGAGAGCCCUGACGUCCCAUCCACUGACACGGAGAGCCCUGACGUCCCAUCCACUGACACGGAGAGCCCUGACGUCCCAUCCUCUGACACGGAGAGCCCUGACGUCCCAUCCACUGACACGGAGAGCCCUGACGUCCCAUCCACUGGUUCGGAGAGCCCUGACGUCCCAUCCACUGACACGGAGAGCCCUGACAUCCCAUCCACUGGUUCGGAGAGCCCUGACGUCCCAUCCAUUGACACGGAGAACCCUGACAUCCCAUCCACUGACACGGAGAGCCCUGACAUCCCAUCCACUAUUUCGGAGAGCCCUGACGUCCCAUCCACUGGUUCGGAGAGCCCUGACGUUCCAUCCACUGACACGGAGAGCCGCGACGUCCCAUCCACUGACACGGAGAGCCCUGAAGUCCCAUCCACUGGUUCAGAGAGCCGCGAGUUCCAUCCACUGACACGGAGAGCCCUGAUGUCCCAUCCACUGGUUCAGAGAGCCGCGAGUUCCAUCCACUGACACGGAGAGCCCUGAAGUCCCAUCCACUGGUUCAGAGAGCCGCGAGUUCCAUCCACUGACACGGAGAGCCCUGAUGUCCCAUCCACUGGUUCAGAGAGCCGCGAGUUCCAUCCACUGACACGGAGAGCCCUGAAGUCCCAUCCACUGGUUCAGAGAGCCGCGAGUUCCAUCCACUGACACGGAGAGCCCUGAUGUCCCAUCCACUGGUUCAGAGAGCCGCGAGUUCCAUCCACUGACACGGAGAGCCCUGAAGUCCCAUCCACUGGUUCAGAGAGCCGCGAGUUCCAUCCACUGACACGGAGAGCCCUGAUGUCCCAUCCACUGGUUCAGAGAGCCGCGAGUUCCAUCCACUGACACGGAGAGCCCUGAAGUCCCAUCCACUGGUUCAGAGAGCCGCGAGUUCCAUCCACUGACACGGAGAGCCCUGAUGUCCCAUCCACUGGUUCAGAGAGCCGCGAGUUCCAUCCACUGACACGGAGAGCCCUGACGUUCCAUCCACUGACACGGAGAACCCUGACGUUCCAUCCACUGACACGGAGAACCCUAACGUUCCAUCCACUGGUUCGGAGAGCCGCGACGUUCCAUCCACUGACACGGAGAGCCCCUGACGUCCCAUCCACUGACACGGAGAGCCCUGACGUCCCAUCCACUGACACGGAGAGCCCUGACGUCCCAUCCACUGACACGGAGAGCCGCGACGUUCCAUCCACUGACACGGAGAGCCCCUGACGUCCCAUCCACUGACACGGAGAGCCCUGACGUCCCAUCCACUGUUUCGGAGAGUCCUGACGUCCCAUCCACUGACACGUGGAGCCGUGGCGUUGGCGAGUCACGUGACUAUGUAAAGCAAAUAAAAACACGUCCUCUGUCAUUUAACAAGUCGCGACAUCUCAUACAUGCAAUCUCCUUUAUACGCCCUGAGUCUUACCUCUCACGAAUAUACAUCAGCAUGUACCGACCAGCACACGCGGGAUAAGGAGGAAAAUGGUGAUACUUUACAGGUGCACCAAACAAAAAAGACUUUAAGUCGACCAACGGAAAUCCAAGAUGAUGCCAGUCUUGUUAAAAAGUGGGUUUAGUUUUCAACUAAAUCUCCCCCCCCCCUUUAAGAGAGAAGGUAUUUUGCAGCAGCCUAACUGAGCUACGAGCUGGUACAACGUCUUUUCGACUGAGAAGAUGUCAAAAAACUUAAACUCGCUGUCAAGAAUUGUUCAUGGAGAUUAGAGUUUGGUGGUUUCGUCUCCGUUGUCUAGGGGUAUGAUAAUUUACUAACACACUGUCACCGUACACCAGUACACAAGAGUACAUAAUCACAAGACUCAAAGUGCCUUCAAUCUUAAUAUUUACACUUUAUAAUUAAUAACACAUUUAGAACACGAUCAAUAUAACGAUGUAUAGCACAACCCACACAAUUAUUAACGUAAGACUUGCUAACAAACUUAGCCAAAAUACCAAGCACUAAAGGGAUCGCUGGACUACACUGCGAUUCCAUUUACUUAAGUAUCCCUUCGCGUAUACUUCCGAUACUCAGUCAGGCACAACACCGACUCUCAGGGAUUCUAACACCUUUACACUAGCCCAUUAAGAGGCCAAGGGAUGACUUUCAUCUCAGUGCCUUACACGACAUGGGAAAUGAUGUUGAAAUCUGUGAAUGUUUUAAUGGUGUUUAGGCUACUCGCGCUGCUUGGUUCAAGGGUUUGACUUGCUGUUUCAGUGAUCAACAAUUACUUGUUGGACGAGGACGUCAUCUUCCAGUGCGAGCAGAGAGUGAACGUGGCCAUCUGUGAAAAGGCAGCGGAAGCGAAAGUUGAGAACCUCGCGGAAGUCAUCAAGAAGAACGAAACGGUGAUGAUAAUGAACCUGUCCUGCAAGUGAGUUUUUUUUCUAGGCCGACCUGCAGGCUGUGUGUGAUUCCCAUUGUAUGUACGAAAAAGGGUGUGUAUGACGCAAUGUGUGUAUGACGCAAUGUGUGUAUGACGCAAUGUGUGUAUGACGCAAUGUGUGUAUGGCACGAUGUGUGUGUGACCCAUUGCUUGACAUGAAAGAUGUAGCACGCAGGGUGUGUAGGACGCAGAGUUUGUAAUGCAGAGUGUGUAUGACGAUGGCUGUGCCUGACUCAGGGUGUGUAGGACGCAGAGCUUGUAACGCAGAGUGUUUAUGACGAUGGCUGUGCCUGACUCAGGGUGUGCAGCACCCGGUUUGUAUAGACAAAGGCUGUGUAUGACGCCGGAUGGUAAUGACGCAUGAUAAAUGUGACCCAUCCUGAGUGCUUCUGUGGCCUACUAUGUAUAUAAAACAUAAAGAUUACCCCUCCUGCAGUGCUUCUGUGGUCGAAUAUGUAUAUAAAACAUAAAUAUUACCCCUCCUGGAGGGCUUCUGUGGUCUAAUAUGUAUAUAAAACCUAAACAUUACCCAUCCUGCAGCGCUACUUUGGCCUAAUAUGUAUAUGUUAUGUAGCAUACAUUGCCCGUGCUUGAAUUUUAUUUGAACUAAAUUAGAAUCCUAGCAGACAGUAACGUCUGUUGUGGGCGUGGCCUAUUCGUUUGAAGUAUCUUGUUUACAACCGUGUUUACCAAUUAAACAUGUUAGACUGUCUUCCUGGUAUUUUCUUGAAUGUGCUCGAUAACCCGAGAAAUGUAAACAACACGUCAUAAGUCUUUCUGGAAGGCAGGGCUUACGCCACCUAUAUAAGGGAUUGACAGGCACGGACGGAGAGACGGAGAGUCAGAUAGCUUUUAUUAAUUUCACGAGACGUGUAUUAUUCUUUGUGUUCUUAUAUAUGUGUUUAUUUCGCAUUCAUCAUUAUUCAUUGUCACAUUAUUCUAACUGUGUUAACUGUGUACCUGUACAAGAUCUACCAUACUGUAAGUUGAUGAUUUGUAAUGAUAUUUCUUUUCUUUGUAAUUACAUUAAUACUUAUUAAAUCUUAUUAGUUGUAACUAGGAACUGUUUUGGGUGUCGUAUCUUUAAUAUUGUUGACUCUAUGGUAUCGUCCUUUGUUAGGCACUGAUUACAACGAGCCAAUUAAAAUUAACAUAGGAGAUUAAUUUCUCAUAUUAGAAGCCAGUGCGUAAUAGUAUAUAAAACAUAAACAUUACCCCUCCUGCAGUGCUUCUGUGGCCUACUAUGUAUAUAUAACCUAAAAAUUACCCAUCCUGCAGUGCUUCUGUGGCCUACUUGAGCUGUCUGACCAGAGAGUUUACCAACUGUGACCAGCGGAUUGAGCCAUUCUUCAAAUAUUAUUUCGCCAGGCUCGGGCCGUAAGUCUUUGAAACAUUGAUCACAUUUUUUAAUGGUCAGGGGAAAAAAUAAUGUUAUCGUCAUGUAUAUGUAAGAGUGGAUGAUUGAAAAAGGAAGAUUAUAUAUUUAUAACUCCUUUAAUCGAAACGAAGCUCAGGGAUAGGAUUGUAUAAUAAAUAGCUGUUUAAAAAAAAUCAAGAAUAUUAAUCAGGGGGUAAAAAAAUUAGGUACGUCAGGGUAUUUUGAAAGGUAAAAGGUGAAAGGUAAAAGGUAAAACGUAAUGUAGGAGGUGGCUCAAAGGAACGUGUAGGAGGCGGGAGAGAAGUAUAUGGUAGUGAAAGGGAAGAGUAAGUAGAGAGGUAAGGGGGGCGGGUAUGAGGUUAGAAUAGGGCGUGAAUGUUCGGUAUGGGUGAGGGGUAAGAAAGUGGGUCUGGAGUCAGAAUAGGGCAUGUAUGGUAGUAUGGGUGAGGGGUAAGAAAGUGGGUCUGGAGUCAGAAUAGGGCAUGUAUGGUAGUAUGGGUGAGGGGUAAGAAAGUGGGGCUGGAGUCAGAAUAGGGCAUGUAUGGUAGUAUGGGUGAGGGGUAAGAAAGUGGGGCUGGAGUCAGAAUAGGGAGGGAGGGGUAGGAAGGGGGGUCGGGAGUCAGAAUAGGGCAUGGAGGGUGGUAUGGGUGAGGGGUAAGAAAGUGGGGCUGGAGUCAGAAUAGGGCAUGUAUGGUAGUAUGGGUGAGGGGUAAGAAAGUGGGGCUGGAGUCAGAAUAGGGCAUGUAUGGUAAUAUGGGUGAGGGGUAAGAAAGUGGGGCUGGAGUCAGAAUAGGGCAUGUAUGGUAGUAUGGGUGAGGGGUAAGAAAGUGGGUCUGGAGUCAGAAUAGGGCAUUUAUGGUAGUAUGGGUGAGGGGUAAGAAAGUGGGGCUGGAGUCAGAAUAGGGCAUGUAUGGUAGUAAGGGUGAGGGGUAAGAAAAGGGAGGGGGGGAGCUGGGAUUAGAAUUUUGAAUUUAAAUAUUGAAGUUAAGAACAUUGUUAAAAAUUUCGAAAACAACAACCCACGAAACAAAUGAGAAUUAUAUGCGUGUGCAAUAAAGUGUGAACAUUAUGUAUUUAAGACGAAUUUUACCCACAAAGUGUCAUCAUAUUUACCAUACACAUUUUGCAAUAUAUAUAUAUUCUUGUUUCGAACGUCGGCCUCAAUGGAUUGUGGUAAAUUAGGACGUACGUUGUUUAUGGUCGUAUUAAAGUUAACCCUUUCCUGUCCUAGUCCACACACACUGUUGGUUAUAUUUAAACCUUUCCCGUCCUAAUCCUCAGCGAUUGACUGCUAAAAUUAACCCUUUCCUGUACUAAUCCGCAGAUAUUGUCUGCUAAAAAUCAACCCUUUCCUGCCCUAAUCCGCAGACAUUUGUAUGUUAAAAAUUAACCCUUUUCUGUCCUAAUCAGCAUACAUUGUCUGUUAAAAUGUGUUAAUAUGAUAACCCUUUCCCGUUAAUCCAAUGAGACUGUACGUUAAACGUUAACCAUUUCCCAUCCUCAUUUGCAGAUAUUGGCUGCUUAAAAUUAACCCUUUCUGUCCUAAACCGCAGAGAUGGCUGUUAAAAUUAACCCUUUUCCGCCCUAAUCAGCAGAGAUUGUCUGCUAAAAAUUAACACUUUCCUGUCCUAAUCCGCAUAAAAUUUUCUGUAAAAAAUGUACCCUUUCCUGUCCUAAUCCACAGAGAAUGUCUGCCAAAAUUAACCCUUUCCCACCCUAAUCCGCAGACAUUGUCCUCAAAAAUUAAACCUUUCCUGUUCAUAUCCGCAGAGAUUGUCUGCUUUUGAACAACGUCUACAACUCCAUCGUCCUCGCCGAGCAGUGCGUCGAGGAGGAGGUGAGUGACGAAGACGGAACGAAAAAGAACAGAGGAGCCUCAAAGAACUUUGAUGGGCGCGUCAUCCUGUGGCUGCUGGCCGCCUUAGUGGGCGGCCAUCUUGUCGUGACGUCAUAGCCCGGAUGUCAUCGAAAGAUCUGGAUCAAGAUGAUUUCUUUUAUCCGUUUGCUAAUGUUUAACGCGUAUCUUUUCAAAUAAAUACCUUGGUAAAUUU